AUUUUUAGCCAUGGUACACAUCCCUUGAAACUUUUGGUGUAUGCAGUCAACUCAAGGGUACAUAAUCUCUUCAGUGUUGCUUUCUAGCGGUGAAACAUGCGACUUCUACGGCAAAGUACCUCCUUAAACGUUAAACCAAAAAAUGAUUUUUUUUUUGCUUGAAAAAUUUAUUCGUGAAAGGUUGAACAUGGAGUUGGUGGUACAAUCUACCAAAUUCGCAGCCAUAAGCAAAGGACAACCGGUUUGUGCGCGAUAGUUUAAGAGAUGGCUUGAAAUUUAUUUUUAUUUCGUUCCCUGUGGUGGAAGAUACAUGUCCAAUAUCGGCAACAAUGGAGAGACUUCAUAAUACACGGGCAUUGUUAUUCUUGGUCGCUAUGAGUUUCUUGACGUUUGCAUCGAUUGCCGGUAAUCCUUCGAAGGAGUCCUGUGCUCCUCGUGUGGAAGCCUUGCUUCGAGGCAGAUCUUCAGUAUGGAAGAGCAUGGAUGUAAGCGUCACGGAAGAGAUGCCCCACGCUUUUGAGAUCGCUUUGGGUUUCCCUCCAACUGCAGUGAGGUUUGUUUAUAUGUGGGUAGAAACACGAGGUAUGCUCAUUCCGGGCACCUUCACUUGCCUCAACAAUGGAGUCACCGAAGAAAAAACCUGCAAUGAAGAGGGUAUAUUCUGGGGUGUUCCUACUAUGAAGGAGGCACAGAUGGCUUGGAAGGUCAAUUUUGACCAGGAAAUCCUCAAGGACGACGUCGUUUUCAAAGCCCUGGCAGGAGACAAGGCGAACGAGAUCUUCUACGGAGAGGCCAUGGUCUUUGGGCGACAGCUCGACGAAGAGAAUCCAUAUGAGGGCUGCGGGGUCACCAAGAAAUGUUUCGGAUGCGUGGACAAAGCGUGCGUAGAGUCGGCAGGGUGUAUUCAAGGCCGAAACUGCGAUAAGUUUCUGUCUUACGUUCCUGCCAAGGAAGGCGAGACCUCGAUCAACGUCACCGUCAUGAGAACAGGAGCUGAUGAUGACUCUUAUGUUGCUAUUGGACUCUCCGAAGACGCAUACAUGGGGGAACAAGGAGGAGUUUCACAAAUAUGGACUUCCUAUGAAAAUGGAUCCUUGAAAUGCGCAUUCACGCACGAUUUGGUGACGCGUUCGAGCCUCGGCGGGACCCUGAAUUUGACCAGUACCGCCGUCCACCUCCUCCUUGCUGUAGGGAAUACCACUGGUUCCGAGAACAACCUGAGUAAGCAUACAAGCCGAGGGAUUUCAUCCAAGCAUCUCAUGACAACGGGAAGAGAUGGUGUGGUGGAGUGCGUUUACGAGGGUGGACAAAUUAAUGUCAAUAUAUACCGGUCAUACAACAUCGGUAAAGACACUCCGGUGAGAAACCAGAGACUCCCUCAGGACGAGCAAGCUGUGAUGAUUUCAGAAAAAGUCGGUAUCUUUGAAGAUGGAGUGGUCAGGUGCGGUUUUACUCUUCCUGCUGGAUUAACCUACAAUGCCAUGACUUUCAACCUAAACAAUUCCACCUAUAAUGUUCUGGUCGCCGUCGGCGUUGCCACAGCACCCUCAGAAAAUGGAACUGGAAAUGUUGGCUUUCACACUAUUGCAUUUGGGGCGUCGGCAGAACCUGUGGAUUUUUUCGGGGUCAGCACACCCCAGGCUGCGAGUAAUAAUCUGAUCUUAGUUCAUGGAAUUUCCAUGGUGUUGGCCUGGGUCUUCUUUGCCUCAAGUGGCAUCAUCACUGCCAGGUACUUCAAGAAAACCUGGGUCGGGACCCAGGUCUGUAAGAAGGACAUGUGGUUCACGAUUCACCGAGGUUUUAUGGUGACGGCCUGGGCGCUAACCAUCGUCGGUUUCUUCUGCAUCUUGGCUCAUAAAGACUGGGAAUUCCUCGAAAAGCCACAUCAUUUGGUGGGGGUCGUGUCGGUGGUGCUGUGUUUCAUCCAACCUUUCAUGGCUCUUUUGAGACCUCAUCCUGAGGACCCUAAUAGGCCCAUCUUCAACUGGGUUCAUUGGGGAGUUGGCACUGGUGCCCAUGGCCUCGCAGGACUGGCUCGAACUCCGAGUGAAUGCCCCAAAGGAGGAUUGACGCACAAUGCCUGUGGCUGCGUCGAGGAAAUGCCAUCCUUUCGUUUUCGCAAGACAGUGUGCUAG